AUGUUCGAACGGUUAUUAAUUAAAGAGUGCGGUAAAAAGAACUCUGCUGUCGACCCCAUGCCAACGUCACUGGUGAUCGACCUAAACGAUGUGUUAUUACCGACUAUCACCAAGAUAAUUAAUCUGUCAUUGGACUCAGGGACGUUCGCUGACGUCUGGAAAUGCGCUCUUGUGCACCCGCUCUUGAAAACUGUCGGAGUAGAUCCACUUUUCGUGAAUUGUAGACCUAUAAGCCACCUACAGUACAUCUCCAAGUUAACUGAGAAAGUUUUAUUUAGUCAGACCCAUUCGCACAUGAUGGCGCACUCAUUAUAUCCUGAGCUACAAUCAUCUUAUCGUCGACAUCACGGCACUGAAACCGCACUGCUCAAAGUUACAAACAACAUCCUGCUAAAAAUGAACACGCAAGAAGUUACUUUACUAGUUACACUUGAUCUAAGUUCCGCGUUUGACACUGUCAAUCAGGUGCGCACAUUUGGUGGGGGUUGGGUGGGGGGCGAACCCCCUUUAGCAUCCGAAUGUCACCAAAAGUCGUUCCCAUUCUUCCUUGAUACUGUGCGAAAACUCGGUCCCAAGAUUCGGGUACAAGAAUUAAUAUUUAUUUCUGUCAGUGAAUUGGGACCGACAACACAUGAGCUGUUGAUAAGAUGUUAUGAACAAGGGACAAUAUAUGGCCGAAAGGAAAUACAAAUACAUUUCCUGAAUGUCAUGUGUAUUGGAUUACAUAAAAUUCGACCUUAGCAACUUUUAAUGUAUCGCGUUACAUUACUUAAAAUGCGCUAUUCCGCAUUAGCAAGUAGCAACUGCCUACGGAGACGGUCGGGAGGUGCACCAUGUUGGUGCAUGGCGUUACUAUUUUUGAAAAGAAACUGAAUUUUUACACACAUGACUAUCUCCUUUUCUGGCUUUAUAUAUUUUACAUGUCUCCAUACAAGCUUUUUAGUACAGCGCGAUCAUAUAUCGUUUGGGUCGAUCAAUUUUUUUACACCACAGGAUCUAUUACCUACUGUGCACUUAUAUUUCUUAGGUUCACAUUUAUACAAAUACAAGUCGUUUUUUAUCUUUUUUCCUUAGUUUCAUAAAAUACAACAUAAUUUUCACAGGUAUACAUUGUGAACAACACGAGACCAUAUUAUAAUAUUUCAUACUACACCAAUUGACUAACAUUUAUGGACUAUUGUGGCAUAAAAUUAUUACUAGAACUUAUAUCUAUAUCCAAACUAAAAAAUCUCUAGAAUCUGCUAAACCAACCAUUUCUACUCUGCGCUACUUACGUGAUGAUGAACAAAACGUGAACAAUCGGCUGAUUACUGCUGCUGUGAAUCUUCUGAACGCCAAGGAGUAGAUGAUAAUAUCGAAUGUCAGUGACAUCAUCGUCACAGGCGCACAGCAAGAAGAGUGCACGUGGACGAAAGACCAGAAACGGCAAAAAAUCUUACCCAUGAGGAUUUCUACAGAAAAUAAUUCAUCACAGUCCUCGAUGUACAAACACAAGUCCUUACCGACAAUGUUGAAGACAUGUGAUAUUCUUGCCCGGGCAAUUAACCUUCUUCUUCCUCCAUUUGACAAUGAUACCAAAGAAGAAGAUGUUGACUCUCUCGUAAAGAUGCUUCCACGUUCACUACAACCUGACAACGACGUUUUAUGCGCUGAACUAACGUUGUUUAGAAAUCAUUUUUGA